AUGCUUCAGCAAAAGCGUAUUGAAAAGAUCUAUGCUGAUGCCGCCAAAGACACCCGCAACCAGCCCUGGAAAGCAGCCCUUCCCGAAACCAACGAUGUCGAGGAGCCAGGUUCUUCUGAUGAAUCUGACGAGGAACUCGUCAAAACUGGUGGACCACUCAAUAUCUUAACCCACUUUUUCAAUGUAUAA